ACGGUAAAGAACAAUGUUGCAGUCCAGCAUAAUUGUACACAUGACAGGGGUAGCUAAAGACAUUACAUUUGAAAUGCUAACAUUAGAUCAUGUUUCAUAUGUAUACCACUUGUAAAAGAUCCGCCCCUAAACCCCGAACUUUUAAAUAGAGAGGGAUAUAAAGAUAGAUAUCUAAAGGUGUAUAUAAAAGGUAUAUAGUCGUGUGGUAUAACCAGUAUAAAGACAGGGGUAUAACGUUAGAUAUCUAAAGAUAGAUUUGUUUAGUAGUAUGUUAUAACCUGUAUACAUCACAAUACUGUAAUGUAGGACAAGUGUCUAUUUCAAUUCGGUAAUGUGAACAACCAUAUAGAUAUAAUCUGUGAAUAUUGCUGUACGUUUAAUCCAAACCCUGUUUAAAUUGGACAUUCUUUGUUGAAACUUGGAUGUACUUUUUGCACGGGACUCUACUGUGUUAUAGAUUUCUCUAAAUAUGGCGGAGGGAGACGAUAAUACACAUAGCUGUAGUAUCUGUUUAGAGGAUUUUACUAAACCUAAAAUACUACCAUGUUUUCACACGUUUUGUGAACAAUGUAUAGACGACCAUAUCAAAGCACAUUCAUAUCUCAACAAGUUUAAUUGUCCUAAUUGUAGGAUCGACAUUCAAAUACCUGAUGGUGGUGCAAGUGGGUUUUCAACAAACAUUUAUAUUCAACCGAAAAGUAAAACGGAAAAACAUUUCUGUCCGAGACACAAGGCAAAUGAAAUAGAUUUUUAUUGUCGAGAUUGUUCUGUUGCUGUUUGUAGUAGAUGUCUUAUAUUGGAUCAUACAACUCACUUAAAAACUGACCUUAAUGACGUAGACCAAGAAAUCAGAGGAAAGUUAAACAUUAUAAAGGGGGAGUUAGAAGAGAAGGUUGACGAAGUCGCGAAACAUUGUGAAUCUUUAACCAAUCAAAUAUCUGAUAUCCAGAACCAAGCUAAAAUAGCCUGUGAUAAUGUCGAUACACAGGUUAAACAAGUUUGUAAAGAAGUCAGAAAACAUGGCGGUGACAUAAAAUGUGAGAUGAAUAAAAUUCGUGACGACGAAAGUAAAAAGUUACAGACAUUACAUGACGAUAUGAUCCAAAUGAAAAGUUCUCUACAGAACAGUUUGAAAUAUGUGAAUGAAGUGUUAAAUGGUAAAUCUACAUUUCCAGUUGUAGAUGCGUUAACCAAUGUACAAACACUGACAAAAGAUAGCAGAUCAACCAGUUUAGAUAUACCCCCAGUAAGAUAUGUCCAUUAUCCUAUGGUAGAUAUAGAUGUUAAAACUUUAGAAUCUUUACUUGGUGAAUUAGAAACAAUGGAGUCACCAACCUGGACAUCUAGUUUUAGUUUGAAUCAGAUAGUGAAAACAGGUGAGAAGUACUCUGGUGAUGAUGUAAUGAUACAAGGAAUGCCAUGGUAUGUAAGUGUUAAACAUCAUUCAAAUACAUCAACAUUAGGAUGUUACCUGUAUCUGAGAGGAGUAGAUGAUAAAACAGUUAAAACCGUUACAGCUAGUUAUACACUAAAACUAUUAAAUAUAAACAAUGUGAGUAAAUCUAUAGUGAAACAACAUACAAAUACAUUUACACCUGAUGGUGAUGGAUAUGGUAGUAAUAAGUUUAUAGAGUGGAAUAAACUAGAAGAUGUGAGUGAAGGAUUUAUAAACAACAAUAAAACAUUUACUGUGCAGGCGUCUGUAAAAAUAAACAACAUAGAACGAUACUAACAUUUAUAUUAGAUAACAUAGUAUGAUAGAUCGGUGUCAUCAUAAUACAAGAACAUAUCCACAGAACAUAUAUGAAUAAAAUAGAUUUUAAAUCUUUUUGUUUCAACUAUUACAACGUUAUAUAGGUAUGUAUCUAUGGUCGUGUGUGUAAUAUUAACUGAUACCGUGUAAGGUAUGUGUCUAUGGUUGUGUGUACAAUGAGUUGGCAAAUAACUAUUAACUGUGUAAUGGUAUCAGCUAUGUGUAAUAUUAAAUAGCUAUUAACUAUAAAGAUAUCAUUUUUGUUCACUUGAGGUUGUAACGGUAAAUUUAAGACGAUUAUGUGAUACACAAAAACAAGGUGAUUUAUAGACAAUUUAUAUCAUUUUAUGUAAUUUAUCGACAGAAGAUGAUUAGAAGAUAAUAACUGUAUUUAUAUAAUUUUAUGUUAUUUAUUGACAGAAGAUGAUUAGAAGAUAAUAAUUGUGUUAUGUAAAAUGUGAUAUUUAUAAACCAGGACCCACUUGAAGCACGAGGCUUAAUAGACUGAUUAUUUAAUAAACAAAAGGUUGGUUAUCAGAGCACCCCCCCCCCGCCCUCCCCACCCUACCCUGAAAGUUCUUACCCCUCUUAUUGGCCCCAGAAUGCUGAUUUUGGUGGAAACGUCCCAUUAGAUGCACCAAUGUGUCUUGUAUAAUGUCUUUUUAAGGUUUACCGAGUCUCAUCAUUGACUUCGAAAUCACUCUCGACAAUCCAAUAUGGCGGAGAUUCCAAAUGGCGUCAAAUCUUAUAUCAUACAUAUGGCUUUCAAUAUGUCUUCAUAUAGGUUAUUAAUGCUACAUAGUCUGGAUCAGCCGAUAUUUUGGAAUUUCGGGAUAGGUCAACGUGUAUCAGCUCUUAAAGUUUCGAAUUAACAACCAACUCGGAUUUAGUAGAUAUGACCACCUGUACGACGUUAUCACCUAAACAGAUUUCAAGUUUUAUAUGAAUUAUAUUUGGAGGGUAGUUCAAAAUAACAGGGAAUAUAAAUCAUCUGUACUCAGCUUCAUUAUUGCUUAUUGAUUAAUAUAUACUAUAUUUAUUAUGUAUUAUAACUAUAGCCUAUUCUUUGCUUGAUAAAGAUGAGAGGACCCUCGUGGAAACGCUGCCAUAGAAAUAAAUCUGUUAAGUAGCUUGUAUUCCAUAUAACCGUGUUAUGUUUUUUAAUUGGUGGUUGGUGUAUUUGUAGACAUUUUAAAUAUUGCAAUAAAUAAAAUAUACCACCCAG